AUGUUAAGGUCUUCUUUUUUAUUUGUCUCAUCCGGUACCAAAACACUGAAUGUCUGGGCGAAGCGACAUGGGAAAAAAGGAAAGAAUGAGCCAGCGGCCCAAUCUGGCCAGAAGGAAGCAGAAACACCUAAGGCUCCAGCACUGACGCCUGAACAACGAGCGAAGCAGACGGCCUUCGAGAGGAUCCUGUAUGACAUGUCACACAAUGACCAAGUCAUCAGUGACAUAAUGCUGGGCCGCAGGAUUGCUUUCUACGAUCUCAGAGGAGAAAUAGGGACUGGAAAUUUCUCCCAGGUCAAACUGGGCGUUCAUGCUUUGACUAAAGAGCGUGUUGCAGUAAAGAUCCUCAAUAAGGCGCGUCUCGACAAGAAGUCGCAGAAUCUGUUUGCCUCAGAGAUCAUCUGCAUGGAAAAACUCUCCCAUCCGAACAUUGUGCGUCUGUAUGAGGUGCUUGAGACCAGUAAGCAUUUGUACCUCGCAAUGGAGUAUGGCAGCGGAGGAGACCUGUUCUCACGCAUCACCAGCAGGGGGCGCCUGACAGACCUGGAGAGCAAGCUCAUCUUCGCCCAGAUCAUCUCAGCCAUCAAAUACAUGCAUGAAAACAACAUCAUCCAUCGAGACCUGAAAGCAGAAAAUAUUUUUUACACCACGUGCUACUGCAUCAAAGUGGGUGACUUUGGUUUCAGUGUUGUCAGUGAGCCGACCGAAACUCUGAACACGUUUUGCGGCUCCCCGCCGUAUGCGGCCCCUGAGCUGUUCAGAGACAAAAGCUACGUGGGCCGUUAUGUGGACAUCUGGGCGCUGGGCGUCCUACUCUACUUUAUGGUGACCGCCACCAUGCCUUUCUUCGCUGACAACUUAGGCCGACUGAAACGCUGCAUCCUGCAGGGGGCGUACAGCAUCCCGCCCUACGUCCCUGAGCCCUGCCAACUGGCCAUCAAAGGCAUGCUGAGACCCGUACCUGUGGACCGGACCACUGUGUCACAGCUGAUGGUAUGCUCCUGGCUGAGGGGCAUCGAAUACCCCAAACCCUAUCCUGCUUUUAACGCGUCGCCCAAUUACCUGGCUGACCCUGCGAAGAGUCUGUGUGUGGAGGAACAGGAAGUGAAGUUGGCCCUGAGCGAGCUGGGCAUCAGUGGCACGCACCUGCAGAAUAACACCUGCACCGACUGUCGCAGCCCAAUAACAGGAAUUUAUCGUAUCCUGCUGCACCGCAUCCAGAAGAGGAGAACCGUGGAAGCGGUAGGAUAUUCUGCCCUGUACCCGGAGGAUUUUGGUACCAAGAAAUACUGGGCCAACAAUGCAACUGCUAAGCACAAUCCUUCUGCAGUGUGUAACGUCUUAUGAAGACUUCCUUUUAAUGGUUCAUGGGUGGAUAGUGUGUGUGUGAUGCCAUGCUUCAGGAAGUAAUGAAUUUACAUGUAUGAAAUUGUACAAAUCCCAGCAUCCCAGAAUCAAUCCCAAGAUCAGUCUUUUACAUUUAAUCAUAUUUUUGUAAUAUACCAAAUUAAAAGGUUUCCUUUAUUUGGUGCUUUUCUGCUGCUGAAUCUAGUACUGUAUGUGAUUUAAUGACAGACUUCUACCCGACAGUCAAAGCGGCAUUAUGUCACGAAAGUGUGGACUCAGAGGAAGACCGUGAGGGUUUAGGGUGCCAUGUGGGACAGGGCCUAUAGCCUGAUUCACAAAACGAAUGACACUUACGAGUCGGUUCCUUUUAACGAAUUUAAAUACAGUGCAUCAAGUAUAGCCCGAUUCCCGAAAUGACCCUUACAAGACAGUUCUUUUUAACGAAUCAGAAACAUACAGUGCUUCAAGUGUAGCCCGAUUCCCAAAACGAUUGACUCUUACGAGUCGCUUCUUUUUGAAGUACCUAAAUACAGUGCAUUAACUGUAGACUGAUUCCAAUAACGAAUGACUCAAGCCGGUUAUUUUUAGUGAAUCAAAAAACAGUGCAACAAGUGUAGCCCAAUUUCCGAAAUCUUUUAACAAAUCACAAACAUACUGUGGGAGAAUUUCAGCUUGAUUCUCAAAACAAAAGAACUGGUUCUUUUUAGUUCAUCAGUAACAUAAAGUGCAACAAUAUAAUAGUGUGACAGCUUAAAAUGAAAUGAAUGGCUCUUAUGAGCCAAUUUUUUUUUUUAAGGAAUAGCUCAAAAAAUGGGACAGAAUCAUUAUAACUCAAAAAAAAAAAAAAAAAAUCAAAUUAAUCAGAAUAAAUCAGUUGCAUUGCAUAGUUUUUAUUGUGUUUUACAAAAUCUGCAGGGUCGAGUGGGGACCAAAGGUCUGAGACCAUUUCUGAUAAUGCUUAUGAAAUGUUUAUUUUGUAUGUCACUUUGUUUUAUUUUUGCUUUCAACACCAAUAAACUCACUUUCACAAAGGUC